CAAGGAGCCGCGCAAACGCAGUCAGGCCAGAGCCGAACGCCGCGCUCUCUGCUCUCUCCGCCGCUUUCUCUGUCUCAACUCAGUGAGGACGACACCCAAAGACUUGAAAAAAUGUCUGUCCUCUCAUCACGGAUCAAAGCUAUUUUCAUCAUUUUCUUGGUGUUUCCUCUUUAUUCUGAAACAUCUUUCGCACCUCUGACUGAAGUCGGACCUGUGAUGCCGAACUGUGCACGAUUUUCACCUGGGCGAGGUGAUUGCACCAGAGAAUGGGAUCCAAUCUGUGCAAGUGAUGGUGUAACAUAUGGCAACACAUGUGUUUUCUGCAGGGAAAAGGGGAAUAACGUAUAUUUUUCACGUUUUGGUACUUGUUGAAUAUUGAUUAAACUGCCCUUCAAUGAAUGUGUCAUCACAUUUUGUGGUACAAUCCACAGAUGAUUAGAAUAUUCUCAAUCAAAGCCUGAAAUUUAUAGAUGACCAGGUGCAUCCUAUGAACAGAAGAUAAAAUAUGGAGCAUUUAAAAUUUUUUUCCAACUCUGAGAUUCUAUGAUUUCAGGACUUUUAAUUCUUUAUGUUCAAUUAUUCAAUGAUAAUUUGAAACACUAAUGUCUCGAUUGCAUGUUUGAUAACAUGAAAAGUAA